UUAUCGCAUGUUAAAUAAUAAUGAUCUUGUAAUACAACAUGAUAAUUGUUAAACAUACAAGGUACCUAGGUAUGUAGCAAUCGUUGUUUGCGGUCAUCUAUAAAAUGGUUGCUGAGACCCGACUUUACAAAUUUCCUCUACCUAACAUUAGUGACUGUCGUCUCAAAAAUAAAAAUCGAGCUUUUUAUCGUAGUGUUUGUUAAGUCCUCAUACUUAUCCUAGUAUCGUCUAGUUAAUGGGUAUUCCACAAUUAAAUCAAAGUCGAUUAAUUGUAUCGCUGGCUCUCUUCACUAUACUGAUCCUCUUAUUCCGGAACGCCGGUAAAUUUAACGAUCCCGACCCCGACCCAGUCAUCGUGAACAUGUCAGACACGGGCGACGUCAUCUCGAAACUGAAAGUGUCAGUCCGCCAAGUCAGCAGCGCAUCGUCCCCCCCGCCGAAGCUAGCGGUGGCUGUCACCAAUACGCACUCUAGCGCCGUGACGAUCCUGUCCUGGAACUCCCCUCUGGAUCCGUUAGCGUUGCAGUUAGGCCUCGUGUCUUUUGUACACGCCGAUAGCGACAGCCCCAUUCAGAUUCCGACAAUCCAGAUCAGGCGUAAAAUGCCGCCGGGGCCGGAGGCCCUAGUCGAGAUCGGGGCGGGCCAGAUUAGAGAACAGGUCCUAGAACUCAGGGAUCCUAUCGUGCCACUGGAGGAGCUACGUGGCAAGGUGAGGGUCGCUUGUGCAGGAGAGUGGAUGGGUGUCUGGCUGUCAGAGGCCGACGCCGUUCCUAAGGCUUCCCUGGAGAAAGCUGGCGCCAGUGACGACGCAUUUCGGGGGCCUUUCCGAAGUGAGGCAGUCGAUAUGGAGUUAUAAGUGAUGCUAGGUUAGCUUAGUUGGGAAGGUAUUUGUAUAGGCAGAAAGGCGUCAAAAUAAGUGCC